AUGAGAAACUUUAUUCAAUCUGUUGAUAUUGAAGCAUGGAAAAAAAUUGUUAAAGGUCCUAAAAUUCCAUUAGAAUUGCAUGCUGAUGAUUAUAGAGAAAAACUAGAAGAUGAAUAUAAUGAACUUGAUUGGAAGAAAGUUUCUUCAAAUGCUAAAGCUUUAAACAUUCUUCAUUGUGCACUUGAUGCAACUGAGUGUAAUGGUAUUUCAGGUUGUACAUCUUCAAAAGAAGUGUGGGAUAAACUUGAAGUCACAUAUGAAGGGACUAAUCAAGUGAAGGAAUCAAAAGCCAAUAGGCUUGUUCGAGAAUAUGAACUAUUUGAGAUGAAACCUGGAGAAACCAUUUCAGAAAUGAGCACAAGAUUUACUGAUCUGGUGAAUGUUCUCAAACCUCUUGAAAAAGAAUUCACUGAAGAAGAAUUAGUCAAGAAAGUCUUAGACUUCUCCAAAUUCACUUAUGAUGAGCUAAUUGGUUCUUUUAUUGCUCAUGAAAUGCUUUAUGACAAGAGCAAGAGUAGUGUAGAUGAUGAAAAGAAAAAGAGAGGAAUUGCCUUGAAGUUAAGCCAAGAGGAUGAAUUAAAGAAAACUACAGCUUUUAAGGCUGCCUCAAGUGACAGCUCCAAUAGUUCAAGUGAUGAAGAUGAUCUUGCCAUGAUUACAAGAAGAUUCAAGAAAGCAUUCAAAAAGGGAGGUUCGAAAUACAAGAAAUUCCUAAAGAAAUAUUCUCUCAAAGGUGAAACAAGCAAGGAUCAAAGUGAGAUUAAAUGCUUUGAAUGCAAUAAACCUGGCCACAUCAAGCCAAAUUGUCCUAAACUGAAAAAGAAGAAUUCAAAGGACAAGAGCAAGAAAGCUCUGAUUGCUGGCUGGAUGGACAGUGAUGACUCCUCAAGUGAUAACUCUAGUGACAAGGAGGUUGCACACAUUUGUCUCAUGGCUCUAGAAGAGGAUAAAUCAGAAAGCUCCCAACGAAGAGAAAUCAACACUGAGGCAAAUAAUUCUGACUCUCUUAGUAUUGAAGAUUAUGAAGAUGCAUUUGCCAAAUUGUAUGAAGAAUACAAAGUUUAUAAGAAAAAAUGUUCUGUUUUAAACAAAGAAAUUGCUUCCUUAAGAUCUGAAAAUAAUUAUAUGAGUAUUAUUGUGCAAGAAAAUAAGUUUUAUAAAAAUCAAAUGCUCUUGUUUGAUGAGUUGAAUAAGGAGUUAGAAGAUUCAAAAACUGCUUGUGAAAAACUCAUUGAGAAAAAUAGGAUUCUAGAAACCAAGGUGGAAUCUUUGACAAAUGAUUUAGCUAAAUUUACCAAUGGCACACAAAUUCUUGAUACUUUACUUGGUUCUCAAAGAUUGUCAAAUCAAAAAUCUGAUCUUGGUUAUGAUGGAUUCAUGCACUAUGGAAAAUACAAAAAUUUCUUUGUGAAAGCUUGCUCUUAUUCAUUUCCAAAUGUUAUUUGCUUCUAUUGUCCAAGUACCACGGGCGAUUGUCUUAAAUGGGGGGUCGACAGGGAUCAAGGACACCCGACUCCCAAGCCAACCGGACCCAAAGAUAGGAUCUUCCAUCAGAAGAUCCUCUCAGAAGAAGCUAAUACUCGUCUAGUCGACUCUCUACAAAAAUUGGACACCGAAAACCAAAAAUUACAGGAACGAAUAAGGCAGUUGGAGGACCAACAGCACAUCCUCAGAAGAGAGGUAAAAAGGCUGAGGAAAGAAGCAAUGGCCGAAAAGACAGAGUUUGAGGAACAAGAAACACGGUGGGAAAAGGAAAAGAUCUCUCUCCAAGCUACAAUAAAAGAGGUAGAAGUUCGGAAUAGCGAGCUCCAAGAGAAAGUGGAAUGCCAAGAGACAUUCAUGGGACAAUUUCAUUCCUGGCUUUCAGAUGCCACCUUAUCCUUUGUCUGA